UAUAAACAUUGCCUCGCUUUGAUGUGUCUGAAUGGGCGGGUGAGGCCUAUUGUGAACAUGCCUAUUAUGUAGAAUCUUAACAGAGGAAACGCCGAUAUUUUAGGAUCAGGAAGUAAAAGAGUUAUUACAUCACAUCCUUGAAACUUGACAGAGGAAUACAGUUAAAUAGCAGUGGGGUUUUACAACUGAAUGGCUAAAGAGGAUUGUGUUUGCGAUAUCAGUCUAUCCGUCAAAAGAGGACUGCAGUGUUAGAUGUUCGGUCGCUGAACGCUUGUGUUAUUGAAAUACACACUUUGUAUAUUGAUUAUUUUUGUUUAAGGUUGUAAAUAUGGGUAAUGCUAGUACGCGACCAAAGGGAAAAUACUUAAACGAAAUCAUUUCAAAAUGUACGAACUUGGAAAUCGACGACGCCAUUCAAAUAUUCAAGGAUUUCCAGCGGCAAUCAGGGGGGAAAGGCAAGCUAAGUGAAGACGAUUUUGUUAAAGUCUACAUUGAAGCUUUUCAUGGAAAGAGCGAAAUUUCCGCUCUUGCCAGAAACAUCUUCCAUGCUUUCGAUACCAACCAUAAUGGCUUUUUGGAGUUCGAGGAAUUUGUUAUCGGGCUGAGCGUCACGGAAGCAUGUCUUGUGGAAGCGGACCAAGAGAUGAGAAUAAAGAAGAUGAAAUGGGCCUUUGACGUUUAUGACAAGGACAGGAGUAACACUAUAGAUCGCCAUGAAAUGCGUCUCAUCGUACGGGCCGUUGCAGACGUGGUUGAAUUGUUUCUCGGUGACGAGACACCAGACGAGUUUGCUGAUCGCCUCUUCGAAGAAGCAGACGUAAACAAGGACGGCAAGAUAACGUUCGAGGAGUUCCAAAAAGCUGCCGAACACAACGACACGCUUGUGAACAUGUUACUUCCCGCACCAGUAUGAGUAGAGACUACCAUUUGAUACUUUGACCGUAUGGAAGAGAACAAGUCCCCAGGACCAUUUAGCAAAAUAAAUGUGACAUAAUCUCACAAAUUAUUAUUUGAACCGGCAAUAAACGACCGUACACUUCCUCAAGUUUUCACCAUUAUAAAUCUAAAGAUCACUUUAUUAACGAAAAAAAAAAUUGAAAUUGAAGUUUUUUGUAUCGCACGCUAACAAUUUUGACCUAAAACAGAUUUUCUAGAUCAAAAGCCUCGUCAGAGCGACGUACAAGUAUUUUAUUCUUAUAUUGUCUUAUUAUCCUUGACAAUCAUGCAAUCUGAAAAUGUUUUGAUUUCAUUUAUGCUGUAUGUAAGGGUGACAUGUGAUGUUCAACGCGUUAGCCGACAAUCCUGUAAAACAGGCCUCCGUGUGUUUUUGCAUUGACCGUUCCAAUUCGAUAACGUCAGAUGUGUUCAUUUUCGGUGUUUUUUUGUGUGUUAUAAGUGUUCCAUUUCAAAUAAAUUUUCAAAUGUG